AACAAUGGUUGGCACUAAGGUACAUGGACUUGCAAGGAAUGUAUUUGGAAUUAUUUUAAUUGUAAUUGCUACUGAAUUUUUAUGGUUUAUAUAUAAUUUUUAGUGUCAUUUAUUGCUUGAAUAUUGUUUCAAAUAUUUCUGUAAAUUAUUUACAUAUUUUUGAAGUUAAAGAAACAUAUCAUCAUCAUCAUCGUCAUUGACUAGUACUAAAGCUAAUAUUUAAACAGUGGUUCCAGGAGUGUUACAUUUUGUGGAGGUAGACUUAGGAUAGAGCAUUGUUGUUUAGAAGGGGAUUCAGGGGCUUGCUCCUCUAAGAGAAUUUGAUUUCUUGGAGCCAAGAGGAAAUGCUAUUUUUGGGCAUUCUGGUAGAGUGUUUGUGUCUCUAUACCAAACUUCAAGGCUACAUUUUUGGUGCUCUUUUUUAACAUAGCAAUUCAUUCAGGCCCCCUUUGAAGCCAUUAUGAUUUUUUCCAAGGAAAUUGAGAAUCAAAGAAACCUCCUUCCUUGUAUAUGUUUCAUGACGUAGACUUAAUAGAAUUAAGUACUGUAGUAUUCUUACAAAGAAAAGGUCAUUUGUACUAAGGGGCCGACCGUUUAACUCUUGAGGGGGAGGGGGGGGGGUGGGUGAUGUUGAAAAAAAAUUUCCUGCAAGUGCUUGUUGGAAGAAAAAAAUUGCAUGCAGCACAAAUGUAAUAGAAAGCUUAUGGGAAAAAAGGGGAAAAAGUAUCCUGCCCACCAGAUUGCUAGAAAAAAAAUUCUUGAUGACCAGAAAUCACCCCCCCCUUGCCCUCAAGAGUUAAAUGGUCGGCCCCUAAUUUGUAAACCUAUUAAGCAUACAAAGGAAGUUGUUUUACCAUCUUAUGUUAAUUUUUUUAUGUGAAUUUUCUUUGACAGGGUGCCAAUAACUUAAAUCCCAUGCCACCUGAUGGAAUUAACGGAAAAGGAAUAAGUCCAGUUAGUUAUGAUCAGAAUGUCACUGGUACCUUUACAGGUAAGAAUUUGUAAUGACUGUACCCCUGGCAGCUUUUGUAAGUUUCUGCUAUAUAUCUUGAGUCACUUCAUCCUUUACCAUUCAGUGAAAAACAAAUUGUCAGAGUUGGAAUUAGAAGCAGAAGGAUAAACUGACCAUUCAAUCACAAUGCUUGUUCCCAUCUUUUGUGAUUGGUUAAGUUCUUUUACUUUUGCUUACACUUAGAUCAUAUGUAAGCAAUGAACUCGGCAUAAGCAACGUAAGAACACUGUUUUCACCAUUUAUCAAAACACUUUGCACUUCUGAUUACAUUUGCAACACUGACUCCAUUGCUGGUGGAAACCAUCCUUAAGAAUUUUACAGGCAAAUUAAGUGUUUUAUAGCAGCCAAUAAUAUAUAAUUAUAAAUAAAAUAAAAGUAAAUUUCCAAUUUUGCUUGUUUAGAUGACCAUCUGUUCACUGGAAUUAACUUACAUGAUGGCACGGGUAACUCAGUUAUUUACAGGACUACAGCAAAUGCAAGCACUGGUGUUUAUCUGACAUCUCUUGAAACGGUUUUGCAAGGUAUAAUUUGACUGGCAAUACUGUAAUUCUAUUGUUGCCAAUAAUUCACUGGUAAACGUUGUAUGCAAUGUAAAAUUAGUAUAAUAAAUUAUAAAAUUAACCCAGCAAAGAGGAGUUGUUGCAACCAACCAGAGAAGAAGCCUUAACAAAGAAUUAAUUAUAAUUUUUUGUACUUUUAUACCCUAAAAAAUGUAGGGCUGUUACAUUUUGUCUGUUUCUGCUCAGUUUACUCACAGUUAUUUGUCAUUCCAUAUCUGGUUUACUUGCAAAUGUCUGAAAGAUAGCACUUCUAAGCCUGAAGAAAACUGAAGAAAUCCGAGAAAAUUUGAUUUGCUGAGUAAUCUAGUUUGACAAGUUUUCAUUUUAGACCAACUAGCAACAACAUUGCAUAAAGCACGCGAAAACUGGUCUUGCAGAGGAGUCACAUUAGUCUGUCACACAUUCUCGUUUUAUGUAAUGAGUUUAUUUUAAAACAUGUCGAGUUGAAUAAUAAAUCUCUUAUUGAAUGUUUAGUGUUUAGUAUCCUGGGAUAUUUUUACUCGUCUCCUGUAUUUUGACUCGCCCUGCAGGCUCCCAAAAAUACGGCGUGACUCAUAAAAAUAUCCCAUACUAAACCGUCCAAUAAGAUAUAUGUAUUUUCAGUGGCAGAACCAAUUUUCUUUGUGUUCAGUUGGAGUCGUAAAAUCACCAGAAAUAUACAUGUAUAUCAAAAGGAACAGGGUUAAAGCACUGAAAAAGUAUGCGUGACGUUUGAGUUUGUCCUUUCUUUGUGACUGCACAAUAUUAUAUUGAUUUUGCUUUUUUUUUCUUAGAUGCCAACUUUGUGUCAUCAUUUCAUUACUCAGAUAACUUUGUGUACUUUUUUCUAAGAGAGACUGCAGUGGAAAUGAACAAGGUGAGUGUAUGAGCCUGUGAUGUGAUUAUAUGGUGAACCGGACAGUGACCUUUGAAUUUGUACAUUAUUUUAAAAUUGAGAUGUUGGGCCGGUAAAAGACACGUUAUGUGGGUUCAAAAAUUGCAUAGCAACGUUACACAGUGUCAACCAUUCUUGCCCUAGAAUUAAAUAUCAUAAGAAUAUUGUUUUUAUUGUCCUGGGCCCAGUUGUUCGAAGGCCGAUUAGCACUUAACCCAGGGUUAAAUUUAACCUGGCAUUCUUUUUCUUUGUUCAAAAGCAUUUUCUCGGAUAAUUUUCUCUGUUAUUCUUAAGAGUAUCCAAUCAUUAACCUGUUGACAGAAAGGAUAAAAGUGAAUUUACUUUUUAAGCUUUCAAAUCUCUAUUUAAAUUUCGCGCUAACCCUGGGUUAUCUUAACCCAGCUUUGAACAACCCGGCCCUGUGCUACAUUUUUCUCUAAAUACCAUAAGUCAUUCACCCUGUCAAAACAGCAUAUAUAAUUCGUGGAACCCACGGAACCCCCUGUAGUGUACUUUUUUAAGCAGAAAAUAUGUUCCUGAGUAGUCAUGGAGGGAUGAAAUUAAGCCCCGUUAGUGUCUUCCCCUCUCUUCCCUUUGAUUAAUAUGCAUAACUGUCUUCCUCCUUACUAAUCAGGGUCUUCCUGCAUAGUGAUAACUGUCUUCUUCCAUACUAAUGAGGUUCUUCCUCCAUAUGUAAUGAACGUGUCUCUACUACAAUAGGAACAAUAGCCUUGCCCAGUAAGUAACUUGAGUCUGGUUUGCGGACCGUCUAUUGAAAAAAAUGCGAAUAAAAAAAGCGAUCACCUAGUAAUGCGAGAAACGGCUUACGUCUUCUUAUUUAGCUCUAAAACGCGGAUAUAUUAACAAACACACACACAUACACAAAGUGGAGCUGAAAACUCUCUAUUUCAAGUUUCUUUGACUAUUACAAAACCGUUUUCUCCUUUCUAUCUCAAGGAAAGGACUAACUAUUGAAGUCUUGAGCAGCGUUUCAUGCACCAUUAGUCAGUUAGUAUGGAGGAAGACACUGACUAGGCACUUAAUUAGUUUUGAAGAAGACAGUUAUUAGUAUGCAGGAAGGCCCUCAUUAGUAUGGAGGAAGACAGAACAUAUGCAUAUUAAUCAAAGGGAAGACAGGGGAAGACACUAACAGGGCUGAAUUUCAUCCCUCCAUGACGUACUUACCUGAAUAUUAUCGUUCAAAGCCUCUCCAGGGUAUGCAGAGGUAUCCGUAUCUCUGUUAUUGACACAAGAAUGGUCACUGGUUUUGACAAUAAUUGUCAUCGAUCAUUUUGGAAAGGAUGUGUCACCCAUAUGCAGCAUAGUUCAAAUGCAUUUUUCGAAUCCUGGCAAAAAGUUUCGAAAAGAUAAGUGCAUCCUCUUACUGCAAGUAGCCUGCGUUACAAUUCAGUUCGUCCUUAACGUGUAGAGUGACCACUACUCAUCAGAGAGACGGGACUCGAAGCUCAUAGAGUCUGUGGAAAACCCGCAUAUAAGAACCUAGUGAUUUAACAACCUACAGGCUGAAAUUUGGCAUUUAAAUACCCAAAAAUAUAUGGGAACCUGUUCAGCCUGGCAAAGAAAAAUAGGUUCGUAUACAAAAAGAUCACUCCAAUUUUGAUGGUCAAAAUUCUCUACUUAAUUGUGUGAGAAACUUCUGACAAAAGUUAUUGUGUAUAUGUUUUCUUUGAUUUAUAUUUGUUUGGAUUUUCACUUGAAAUAUGUGUUCCAUUAUGUAUAAGAAGGACAAUAUGUCAGCCAAUGGUUACACUAUGACAACCUCUGAAAAGUAAGAACCUGUUAAGAACCUAAUCAGCCUGAAUUAUGAAAAACUACCCUAAAAUAUAAGAACCUGUUCAGCCUGACCUCGACGAGUUUUUACUGUAAUCACCUCCACCCUGCCAGCAGAGUCUUUCUUUCUCUUGCUCGAUUUUGGUGCCUGACUCGAGAAAAAGAAGCUUUGCUCACAGGAUGAGGGUUGUCCAAUACGCGCAAACAAACUUCCGCAGGGUGAGACAAAUCAGAUCAUACGUUAGAAUGUAGAAUCAGAGUCAAACAGAGCGUUCACCGGCUGUAAAUCAGAAAUUGGAUGAAGUGUACCGCUCAAUGUCUCCUUACUGCUUUUCCACGUCUCUUGCUCUUUCUGCGUCCCUUCGCAUCACUGCGACUUAAGACUAGACUUUUUUUACUGAGAUACCUAGUGUAUAAAGAGACUUGAAAUGCUGUUGGAGAUUGCGUUUGGUUCCGAUGUUAUAUAUAUCCUAUCCAUCGUAUAUUAUGGCUCUUUUAAAAAACAAAUGGUAUUUUUUUUAUUUUUGUGGCUUAGCAGUUAUAAUAGUAAGAAGAAGAAGAAGAAAUAAAAAAAAUUCCAUUGACCGAGUUGGAGCACACACUCUUUCGCGAGCAACACGCCUCACGUGUUGCGACCUUAACCACCCAGUUAAGGUAACCAGCUUUGAAAAGCAAAUUGAGAAUAUUAAAAUUUUGUGUGUUAAGGUGGCUCAAUUCAGUUUGUCAGGGUCAAUACCUCCCAAGUUUGAGCAUAAACUACGUCGCCAUAAACAAAGAUUUGGAAAAAUUGCCACCUCAGUUGUAUGAGAUAAAGAUGAAAAUUUGUUAUGAUCAAGGUUGCAGUGACAUCGGAGUUGUCAUAGCAACGAAAUGACGCUAUUACCUAUUUUACUUGCAGCAGUAUUUCUCGGCAUUGGGAACUGUGCUUCCACAAUCGUUUACGGGAGCUUUUUCCUCCAAUAGCGGCCACGAUGUUCGUGAAGUUUAAGCGAAAUCUCUUAGAGCGUUAUCUAGAUAUUUUGGGAUAAAGUUUUUAUGGUUAGAAAUACAGUAAAAAAUGGACAAUCUUGAUGUUCAGCUGUUAUCUGUAGAAAACGAAGCGCUUUUGACAUACUGAUACAAUUUCACCUCAUAGAAGUUUCAAUCUUUAUGAAAACGUGUGUGAAAGAUCAUGGAGAUAGUUCCAGCCGAUUGGUAGAAAGAAGGAUUUGAUUAGUAUGUAUCGAGGCACUCUUGUUAGCGGUUUGUAAACAUUUUGGUCUACUUGGAACAAAUAAGCGAAUAAUUUUUAAACCGCUCGAGAGAUUUUUUUAAAAAUUUAAGAUUCUUGAGAUUGACCUUCCUUUUAUAUGACCUUAAAGUUUCAAGAUUAUUGAUAUAUUUUAAGGUAGUAAAAUAAGGGCUACAAUUCGUUAAUAUUUUGUCAGAAAUUUUGUGUUUACAAGUGAGAGCCUCUCAUUAUUCAGGGUAUUGUCUCCAAGUUCCAUAUUUUCGUGCACAACAAUAGCUAGCAUUUUUGCAUGUUUCAAAUGCAUUGUUAGUUACUGCUGUUCACGUGAAAAUGAAACUUGGAUACAAUACCUUGAACAUGACAAUAACAUCUUUUAAUGAGAGGCUUUUACUUGUAAUGACGAAUCUUCAGAUAAAAAAUUAACGAAUUUUCAUGUUUCUCUAAUAGAACUGUGGUGGCAAUUUUUCCAAAUCUUUGUUUAUGACAGCGUAGUUUAUGCUCAAACUUGGGAGGUAUUGACCCUGAAAAACUGUAUCGAGCCACUUUAACAUUAUGGAAGUCCUUUCGCGCAAAGCCGAUUUAACUACUGUUUGAAAAAGAAACUCCUCUUGGACGAUUUAAAUUUCUAAUAGUGGUAAAAAGAAAUCUAUGAAGUGACUCGUGGAAACAUCUUUUAUACAAAAAAUGAAAGCAGAUUGAGAGAACUCGAGCUUCUGAAACAUCUUUUCCAACCCUCGUGUGAUGAGGUAUAAACCGCGGUUUUACAUCGUUUCCAUGAUAGUUUUGCAGAUUUAUGACUUGGAAUUAAAUUCACUAAAGGUAAAACUUGAUAAAAUACCAUUAUGUGUAUUUGGGAACAUCAGCUUUAAUAUGUCGGGCUGCCUGUGGGUAGACUAGUGCCCAUACUAUGCUCGGUAUCUUGAUCAGUUUAAAACAGUGAGAAGAAAUCCAUACCCUGGAAACGGUUUUACGCUAUAUUCAGGUGCAUGUAUUUAUUUAUUUAUUUAUUUAUAAAUUUAUUUUUAUUUUAUUUAAGGUUCUCGCGUAGGUUCCGCAAAUUAUUGGUUUCAAUAUUUUGUUCAUUAUUCAUUUUGCAGGCAACAUUUUGUUAAAUCAAAUCGUGAAACUGUCUGAACAGAUUGUAUUGAACUUGUCGAAAAAUGUUUUAAAGUCAUUAAAAUGAAAUUUAAUAAGAUACCAGUUGUGUAUAGGGCAGAUCCUACUUACACAGUUGAACAGGCACUGAACAAACUGCAUUAUAUACACUGAUAUUUCAACAAGUACUUAUUUUCUUAGUAGCAUAAUGUUUUUCAUGACACCCCAGAGACUAUGUGCAGCUAGGUGUGCUUUUUUCGUUAGUUUUUAAAGUACUUUUGUGUGAAUUGCUUCCUCUCACAGCAAAUAGUGUACUCAAGAGUUGCUAGAGUUUGUCAGGUUUGUAGCAAUAUCAGUACAUGGGUGUUUUUUUUAAGGUGUAUUUGAAUGCAAUCAAUUUGGAUAUAGAAUAAAUAAUAUUGUAUGAAGUGAAGGCAUAACAUGUAAAAGUGAAACACUGUAAUAAAAAUAUGUUUCACAUGAAAGGCAAUUCAAUGCCAAUCAGUUUCAUUUGAAUGGAGACACUAUUAUGAAAGGUUUCUUUCACAGACUCAACUAGGGUGAAACAAAUAAUGGUGUUAAAAUAAUAAGAUAAUUUUAUGAUGAUUAGAUUUAGUUCUCUGAAUAUAUUUUUUGAAUGUGAAAUACUGAGAGACAAGAAAAGUGAAAAACUGAGAUGUUUUUAGUUCAACACAUCCAACCAAAUCAGUUAAACAAAUUAGUGGCAACUGAUAGAUAUUGGAUAUUCUGUUAGACAAUUAUCAUAAAUAUUUAUUGAAUAAUGUUUUAAAAUACAGAGUCAAUAUUUAGGUCGGGAUAUAAUUAUUUUCUUUUGCUUUCUUUAAGAGAACGUACCGUUAAGUAUGUUUGCUAAGCACCGUUCGUUAAGCGUCUUCGCUUUGUUUCUCCAAAACAAAGCAAACAUGGUCGAGUCAAACCCAUUUUACGGACACCCGCUUAAUACGGACACCUUGUUAUUACAGACCAUUUGCUUUGUCCCUGGGGAAAGAAAGCCGUUUCGUUUUCUCUAAUUUCAACCCGCUUAAUAUGGACACCCGUUAAUGCGGACAACGGACACUUAUUUCUUGGCCAAUGAACAGAUCAGUUCUCAUAGAAAGUUAACCUCGAAAAUGCAGACACUUCAGUAUCAACUGUAUUAUUAUUAUAAGAAACCUUUCCGUCUUGAAAGUAAAAUUUCUUCAGUUGACAGCAUUUCGAUGUUUCCUACUAUUUUCAUACAUCGAACUAGUUGUGGAUGUAUGCAGAGAACGGUUUUCAGUGUUUCCUUCAGACCUGCUUAAUGCGGACACCCCGUUAAUAUGAACCCUUUGUAUGGCUCCUUCAGUGUCCGUAUUAACGGGAUUUGACUGUAACAAUAAAUACACAACUUUAUUUGCUGCCUCAGAGCAUCCCAGUGAUGUCCCAAUAAUUGGCUUAAUUUGAAAAAAAUCACAAAGGCCCAAAAGUUACUUGCCCACUUUUUGCUGAAAACCUUUCAAUUACAUGCCCUAUUCUAAAUAUCUGUUUGACAUCUAAACCUAUCGUAACCCUAUCGUUUAUUUAAGAUAUUUCUAGUUUAACAACAUUUUAACGGUUUCCUUUGCAUUUCAGUAUGAUGAGGGUGGAGAUUUGGGCGUUCUUAAAAAUAAAUUUACAUCAUUUGUCAAAACUAGAGUAAGCUGCUCAGUCCCUGGAAACAUACCGUUUGAUUUUGAUGAGAUACGUAAGUUGUUUUGCUAAUUAUGCAGUAUGUUUAAUUAGUUUAACUGUUACUUUCUGUGUAGUUAGGGAAUCUGUUGUGGUUCAGUUUUAUCCUUAGUUUAACUUAUAUUUCCCUUAAUUUGUUUUAAACUCAUUCCAUGCAUUACCAUAACCCAUAACAAAGGGAAAUAGAUUUUCAACAUAUCCAAGAUACUUUUUAUCAGAUAUUUAAUGUGUGCUUAAUGGAUGUAUCAUGCCUGUUCAGUAACAUUAACCCUGCAUUAUUGACACGAGAAUAACUUGAACGAAUUAGUUUUUCCCUCUGAAUACUGGUAAUAUAGUCAAUUAGUGUAAUAACAGUUUUCUGCAAAUAAACAGGAAAAUUCUAAUUGAUUCAAUUUCCCAAUGACGUUUUGUUGGCACAUGCACUUAAGACUGAGUUUCCACCAAUGUAUACAGCUUCUGUUAUUCAUUUUAAUUUACAGAAGCAGCUAUCAAGGCUACUGAUCCUAAAACAAAUGACGACUACAUUUACGGAAUCUUUACUACACCAGAGUAAGUUUUUAUUUAUUUCACGUAAGUCAUCGAAAUUAUUUCGAGCUUAGGAUUUUCUGUAAGGCCUUCUUGGCAGAGGACUUCAUUCCUAAAUCAUCGUAAAUGCAAGCACGAUGAACCAAGGAAAAAACCUUCUUUGCUGCUUCUUUAAAUCCUGAACGCAGUUGAUUUCGUUCAAGAUAGUUUGAAAAUGGGCCUCUGAAGUCAGCAGUUUCUCCCUGUACAAAUUGACAGUUGUUCUAAAAAAGUAUAAAAAUAAUAUGUAAAUAUUUUUACAAUAUGACGAUGUUAGCUGCUAAGGUAAUGAGUGAAAACGUCGAAUCUUUGUGACUUAAGUGGCCUGUUGUAAAUCAAUACAACUAGAGUCCUUUGUUUGUUAACUUCUUCAUAGGACUUUACUGUACUGUCUACACUGCACUUUGCUAGUCAGUGGUGGAUAAUAUCAACCGCAUAAAGUAUUAACCAAGUGGUUACUGUGUGUUAUUUAGUCUAGUAGGGAUACCUAGCUCAGCUGUUUGCAGGUACAGCAUGAAGUCUCUUGUAAAGUUAUUUGAUGACAGCCAGUACUUGGAAGAUAAAUCUGAACGGCAGCGAGGUCCCCCAUGUUGGCAGCCAGUGUCUCCUGUUAACUUGUCAAAAGUUCCUAGUAGGCCAAAGGUGAGAUUUGAGAUACCAAGCGACACUACAGUUAUUGAGAUAAUUUAGUUUUUCGCAACGUUUGGUUGUUUCUGAGUUUGUCUCAAGACAUUCUUGGUGUUGGUGCUGUGAUUAGUUAUACACUGAUACGUAUUCUAGAUUUGUCUAAAUUAUGAUUCAGGGUAGUCAUCGUCUUUUCCAGAGUUGUCUCUGUCAGUAAAAGUGAAGUCUAACAAACUAAUAACAAACAGAUUAAAAUUUCUUUGCUUUCCGUUAAAUCGAGCUCUGGCAUAGAAUAAAGGGAUGGAAUAAAGCGGUUCAUGAUAUUCUCAUGCUAUUGUGCUAUACUAUUCUCUAUGGUAAAGACCUGAUCCUAACGAAAGAGUUGUCUUUUUUUGGUCACAAUUCAGUCAGUAAAAGCUGACAUUUGUGUUUCUAAGAUGGCUAUUUAUGGGCCAUUUGACAUUCUCUAUUUUUUUAAUGUGUUUUUUUUUUGGUAAAAUAUGUAACUCCACCCACCCAAAAUAAAUUACUGUGAAACCCCCUCCUUACGGCCACCUCGGUAAUACGAUCACCUCGUUAUUACGGCCGCUUUUUUUGGCACGGCAAAACGGCCAUAUAUUUUCUUGUAAAAAAACCCUCGUUAAUACGGUCGCCCGUUAGUACGGCGAACGGCUAUAUUUUAAACUUCCAAACAGUAGAACCUUUUACAAUUUCACCCCGUUAAUACGGCCACUCGUCAGAAAUCUCAGUCCUUAAGUCAUGAAAUUUGACCCUGCCCCAGUAAUACGGCCAAAUUUUUUUGGCCCAGUGGUGACCGUAUUAACGGGAUUCCACUGUAGCAGUAAUUAUUGAAUGUGGCUGAUGACCUGAAGAAUUAUGGAGAUAGAGGAGGGUGUUAUCGGCUUCGGCGGAUAAUCCGAGAUCUGCAUAAUUCUACAGACCAUAUGCGAGUUAAAUCCAAUAAUUGUUCUAUUAUUUAUUCAAAAUAGUUCCUAGUUCAAAAUAAUACCUAAAACAUGCUUAGCUCGAGCUAUGUUAAGUUCCUCUCUUUCUUUGUUUGCCUGUUCCUCGACAAUUUCAGGGUACGGUCCAAAGGGUUGUUUAGUCUAGCAGAUAUUAUUCAAAUAGCAGAUGCCAUUCAUCAACUUGACAGCAGUUUUCCUAUGUUUUUAGGCAGUUGUUCGGCUGUUUCUUCGAAUAACGUGUGACUGAAAUGUUCCGCCAUUUACUACUGCUCUACCAACUUGCUCUAACAGUCCUCAUUCUGAAUGACUUUAUGCUGCCAGACGUCACGUGAACUCUACAUGUGAUUUACUUGGCUUGACUUUACCACCAUGUACACUGUGGCCUGUAAAUCCAGAUAAUUCUCUGAGCCAAAAAUACGUCUGUUGUAACUGACGAGCCCCACCAUUCUCCGCUACAAGUUAUUGAAGUAAUGUAAACAAUGUGAACGUUUGGUAAUGAACUGCCUCAUGAAAAAAAACAAUGUGAAACCUGCUGCAAAGAAUAGUUAUUAUGGUGCUAAUGAUGCUUAAUGUAUUUGUUGUAGUGUGAUAAAAACCUGGACACCAAAAGUUACUCGUUGGACAGCAUUGUUUUUGCUGAACUUCAUCCUCUGCUUGCUGAAACACUAACGUCAAGCCGCCAGACCCCUCUAUUUACUAGAGCUCAAACAAGGUACUCACUGAAAAUACAAAAACAAGAAAACUGUACUUUGUGUUCUGUAUGUGCCGAUGUACUGUAGCGUUGUGUGAAUGUUUCCUUUUUGUGGUGAAGUUAAUUCCUGUUGGUUGCAGAUUUACUGGAAUUGUAGUGGAUUACGUUAAGAGCGGAAGUGGAGCUGUUAUUCCUGUCAUGUUUGUUGCUACAGGUAACCUGUAUAUUGAACAAUACGGCCAUUUAUACGAGGGAAAAUAAGACGCGAACUUUCCUUAUAAACGGCACAUUUCGUCUAAAAUAAGUCGCGGCUUAGCUAAAACGCGUCUUAUUAGAUAAGACAUGCUCGUAUAAAUGGUACAGUUCCCGUCUUAUUUAAGACGCGUCUUAUGUAAGACGCGUCUUAUUUUUCCUAGUAUAAAUGGCCCUAUUAUUAUUGGCCGAUCAAGGGGAAUGUUAUGACAGCCUCUGAAACGAAACCCAACGAAUGUUGAAUUCAGUUCAAUACAGUUGACCCCCGAUGACUCGAACCUCGCGCUAACUCAAACCAAAGUCACCGAUUUCUCGUGGAUUUCCUUCAUACAUUUACUGUUAUUUUACUCGCGGUAACUCGAACCUCCCGCUAACUCGAAGUAAUUGUUGUUUCCCUUCAGAUCAUUUGUAUAUAAUUUUACCCUCGAUAACUCGAACCGUGUUUUAACUGCGUGACAAUUCGAAAACAAAAACAUUCCGUGACACCGAUUUUUUUUAAGGCAACCGUGUCAAUUCUUUAUGUCAUUCCAGUUCAAAUUCAGUGUCCAUCCCUGUACACUAAUCAAGCUUUGUUGGUCAAUUCCUUUUCCAGAAUAUCAAUUUAUAUCUCUUGCUGCCCUUGAAGAGAAGUGCGCAUGUUACUUGCGUUCCCUCUCCAUCCAUUUGCUUAUUUCCUUACUUUAGGUUAUUUGCCUCGAACUCCCGAUAACUCGAAUUUUUUCGAUUUCCCUAGAAGGUUCGAGUUAUCGAGAGUCGACUGUAAUUGUUUUAUUACUCAUUCAAGAAAAUUUUUUAGUUCUUGAAAAGCUUACCGUCUCGAAGGCUUUGUUCAAAAUUUUGACAUACCCUUUCUUGGCAUGGUUUCAAGAGAGAUGUUUUUCUUUUUUAAAGAUAGUUCUCCUUAAAAAAAAAAAAUAGAUAACGUUAAUCGAGCAAUAUGUUUUGCGCAUGCAAUAGACCUUUUCACCGACACGGCGGCCAUAUUGAAUUAAUUGGAUUUAAGGAGUAUUAUGGGAUGCCCAGGGGGGCAUGAGCACGAUCUCAUAUACUUGCAUCAGUAUCUACGCGCGCUUUUCGGGGGCAAUUUUUCUUUAAGUUUUCCUAGAAAAAGAUCGUAAUGAGAAAAAGAGAUCGUUGUUCCGUCUUUGGAUGUAACAACGAUCGCCUUUUUCCCGAGAAAUAUAUACAGUGAAGUUCUCUUUUUGCCCGAAAAGCGCGCGUAAAUACUGAGCGAGUGCCCCCUGGGCAUCCCAUUCUUCGGAUAUCCGGAGUGCAAUUUUUUUUUAAGUCCACUAUUGUCCUAGCAGCCUCUUUUGCGGGCAAAUUUACCAUCGAUCAACCUUGUUUCCAAUCAAAUAUACCAUGGAAUCGAUGGUAUGUUGCUCGCACCUUCCAAAUAUGGUAGGCGCCAGUUGGUUAUGAAAAAUAGACCUUAUUCACGAUACCCGCCAACUAUGCACGCCCUUUAGGAAUGAUGGGAGAAAAACAAUGUCACGUGGUACUUCAGGGGGCAAACAAAAGAUAAAAUUUGCCAAUUGGAGAAAUCACGGUCGGCUUUGUUUAUUCUCUCAAAACGAAACGACGAUUUAAUGGUCAUGCACAAUGUACGGUAAUUCAAAAUAUACGGCGCUAUUUCAGUGUAGUGGCAUUGACCAUCAUAGGAAUGGCAGCAGUAUAUUUUCACGGUCGCCGUGACUUAUAAGCUCGCCAAGAAAACUUUCCAAGUAGACCAGUUAUCGCGUAUAAUGUGGUAACAUUGAUUGCUGCUGUUAUGGCGUACUGUUGAUUUGUGAUAGUCGUUAGCAGCCUUUAGGGGUCGCUGCUUUUGAAUGGUUUCCCAAAAACUGGGAACUUCUGAGACUGCAAUUUAGUGGGAUAAAGUUUGUGUCCGUUACUUUCGGUGGGUCAUUCUUUCAGGUCUUUAUAACUAGUAAUAACCAAAGGUUACGGAGUGUUAGCGAAAACGAUCGAACUGGUCAAGACGCUUUUGCUCCAACGCUGCGCUUUGCGUAAGUUUCACGUGACAGAUGGUCAAAACACGCGUGAUCAACUUACGAGUGAUAGAAGGUCCAAACGCGCGUGAUCAAAUUGCGUUCUAUACAUUCCGUUCAUUCUUACUGGAAGUCCAAUUGAAUGCUGACUACAUACAUGCCACGCAUGCGUAAUAACUACCUGGAGAUUAGGAUUACGGGCUCCUCAUGUCAUCCGCAAUAAAAUUUAUGGUGUAAAUAGAAUAGUCCGGCAGUUUUCACUUAUAGUGUGUUAGGUUUUUCUGAGAGAAAUGACUUACUUUGUAGAUAUGGUAAACUGAUUUAAUUUUAAAAUUUGUACACUUACACACGUAAUUUUGCUUUUCUUUAGAUAAUGGGACUGUCUUCAAAGUAUUUAACAACGUAUCCGGUGAUUAUAAUCCAGUGAUUUUGGAACAGAUCCAAGUUUUUGAGGUUUGUCUCGUAGACUUCUAGGAGGAAAAAAGACCAGUGCUUUAUUGAAUAGAAACCCUUUAGCAGUUUGUUUAGGUCGACAGGCUCGUAACCAUCAGUUUGCGCGGAAAAUGCGCCCUCUUUACUUCUUGUUCUUCCUCUUGUUUUCGUUUUUGGAAAUUUUUUUCAAUUCCUCUAUGGUAUUUUCUAUCACGGGACCGAAAAUCGGCUUUGUACACCGGCCAUUUUUCCACUCGCAAUUUUCAAGGUAUACGCUAGCACAAUGCAGUACCUAAUAGGACAUUUCCGAGUUCCCCCGAGCCUCUGUAUCAAAACAAGGUUAAGUGCUCAGUCUGUGAUAUGGAAAUAAUUUUUCAUUCGAUUUAAUUCUCAUACAAAUAAAACUCAUUUUCAUAAGAAAGGUUUUGCACUUGGCCUCAUUUUGAAAGUGAGGGGUUUUGAAACUCGCAAGUGGCCUAUUGGUUCUUUUUUCUAUUGUUUAUUAACCAGUCACAGUGUUCCAGUCUCUGAGAUAUGUCAAUUUAUUUCCCUGUUUUGCAUUAUAUUUCCUCCUUUUUGCACUGCGUUUACUAUUUACUAUAUUGGAUUGCUCUCAUGCAAUAAGAUUAAUAUUCAGUACAUUUUUCAAUCCAAGGCAGUAAAAUACUUUUAAAUACUUGCUUCGUUUGUUGGUCAUACUGGCUUGUUAACUGGGGUACGUAGCACGUCCAGUUUAUAAAAUGGGAAGAUAAUUGUGGAAAAAAUGAAACCGAUCAAUUAAUAUGCAAGUAACCCAGAGGGCGUUGCGUGAUCUAUAAAGCAUAUUUGUCCAUCUUCACAGUCUGUUUUUCGGUUCUUUAAUGCAAGCAACACACGCCUUUUGGCGGUCUAAUUUUCGGAUAAGGAUAAAGAAGACGCGUCCGACGAAAACCGGAACUUUGAGAAUUUCGCACACAAGUUCAUCUCAUAGUCUCUUUGGCGAGGGGAUAAAUAAGCGGCGAAGCUUCGAGAACGCAAAGCUUCACCGUACCGGGAGCUUCAAACACCAACUUGAGAGAAAACGAAUACUGAGCAAGUUACUUACUAGUACAAGGUUUCGUGACUUAGCAUCCUAGAGCUUGAGGUUGUUCUCAAUGCGGCCCAGAAUUUUGCUUUUGUUUGUAUCUGUAUCAUUAAAUUUGUGCGUGAUCGAGUGUUAUGCUUCUCCUAAUUUCUGUGUUUCUGCCUAUUCAACAACUGAACAAGCACGAUUGAUGUUAGCAUUAGCGAAUUUGGAUAGACUUUGCAGUUCACAGCCCGCUUUAACACCUUUUGAUGGUGUUGGGUUUUAUAGUGGGUUGUUUUCUCUUAGAAGCUGUUCGCUGUCUGUUAUGGUAAACGUAUCGUUUUCACGCAGUACAAUAAUUCUAGGCUGUCGGAAAGGGUUUCCGACAAAUAGUCAGUCUCGAUAUGGUUGUCUAAAGAUCUUUAAGUCACAGAUUUGUCCUUCAAUGUCACGCGGUGGUCGGCAACAAGGUUAAAUACGGCAGCCCGGUGAAACUCGCUUUUCGUAUUAUUUAAAAUAGUGUCUUUGAGUAUCUUCUUAUCAGUUCCUUUUAAUUUGCAGAAACCAGAUCCUAUCUAUACAAUAAAAUUGUUUGAGGUGAGUUAAUCGUUACAAUUAAAAAAAAACAAAACUGUGUGAUUGAACUUGUAAUGCAGGAUAUCCAUAUAGUAUUUUCUUGAGCUCUUGUAAACUUCUUGUUAGGACGUGCGUACUACGGUAGCAUAUGUACUGCUUUGUUUUCUUGUGACGGAUGAACCUCUACUCUGGGUACAACUACAAAGUGCAGAUAUCCCACUUAUAGAACACGGGCCAGUUUUUUGCUACCCUGCGAGCAAGCUCUCCUAUUUGGGCGAGCCUCGCGAGAACACGCGAGCGAUGGGCCGCUUGCGGCUUCGCCGUUCGCUCGCACGUUCUCGCGAGACUCGCUUCGCUCGCCCAAAUAGGAGAGCUUUCUCGCAGGCUGGUUUUUUUGCUAACUGAACACGACAACAAAAGCUUUUGGGGGAAUACUGUAUGGCCAUUGUUAUAAGCAAACAUAAAAAAACAAUGUACAGCUCCAGUGGUAAAAGUGGACCUUUUAUUUGAUGUCCUUGUUACUUUAAAAUUUAAAAUUUUAAAAUUGUGUGAAUACAACAACCGUUUCAUCAUUACAAAGUAUACUCUGAGUCUGUUUUCUGUUAAACAUUUAGGCAGUUACUUGAACAGUUAAUCGUUACGAAAUAUUUUGACUGUAGGAUUAUGAAAUAAAAUAUAAACUUGUUCUUUAAGUGAAAUUAUGGCCGCUAGACAAGGUAGAGCUACUGCCGGAAAAAUAGUUUAUUAGCAGUUUCAGACUGUGGUCUGUGUGUUGUUACCCGUCUGAAACUAGUUAUUCCUUUGCAACAUAAAUGAUAGCGCCUUGUUUCACACAGUGUAGUAUCCGUAUUUUCACUGCAAUGAUGUUUGUUUUGUCAUCAGCGUGCUGUGUAUAUUGGCAGCAGCUCUAAUGUUGUAAAGGUUCCUGUGGAACAUUGCAAUAGAUACCUCAGCUGCAGGUAAGUUCUUUGUUAAAACGUUAACUUACUGUGCGUUCAAAUCCGGAGCCUUUGCUGUCCACUAACUGCUCGUGACAUCAUCACGCUUCUCGUACUAAAAAGAUUACGUGUUCAUUAUUAAAUCAUGGGGACGGAGAUAUAUUCAACAUUUGCUGUUAGAAGGGCAUCUCUUUACCUGGGUUUGAGAUUAAUGCUAAACAUUCACUGGCAUUCAUAGUAGAUCUAUUGGACAUGUAAGAGUCAUAGAGCGACCAUUGAAAAACCUUUGUUACUGUGAGCCCUUGGGAAGCCUGAUCUGUCACCAUAGUGCUCAACAAAAUCUUGUUCUAUAUCAUCAGUUUGAAGGUGAAUGUCUAAAGGAUAGUUAAACUUUUAAGGUCAAGUUGUUUUAUCUGAAAAUUUUCCUCUUUGCGUUCGUCAGGAAAAACACGUGGGUUUGUUGCAGUAUACCUGUCAACUGUGAAUUAAGAUUGUUAAUUUUAUUUUGCCAGGACUUGUGUUUCGAGUUUGGAUCCUUACUGUGGUUGGAAUAACAACAAAUGUACAACAUUUGAAGAAAAGGAGGGGAGGUAUGCGUUGAUUUGAUAAAUGCAAAUUUUGCACUUAAGUACCUCUACAGAGACAAACAAAAAUUCGCAAAUAAACGACUCUGUGUAGAUACGGAGUCAAACUUCGCAAUUAAUUAAUUGCGAGUUUUUUUCUUACUUACAUAUACGAAGCAAAAUUUUGCAAUUAGUUAAUUGCGAAGUUUUACUCUAAAUACAUAUUAAUGACACUGAUACAAAUCUCGCACUUAACCAUUUUUCGUUAACUGCGAAAUUUCUCUCUGUUUAUACUAAGAAACAUAAAUCUCGCACUCAACUAUUUUUCGUUAACUGCGAAAUUUCUUUCGGCUGAUAUAUGAAAGAAGCAAAACUCUCACACUUAACAAUUUUUCGUUAACAGCGAAAUUUCUGUCCGUUUAUACUAAAAACUCAAAUCUCGCACUGAACCAUUUUCAUUAACUGCGAGAUUUCUCCAUGAAAGAACACAAAUCUCGCAGUUAACAAUUUUUCGUUAACAGCGAAAUUUCUGUCCGUUUAUGCUAAAAACUCAAAUCUCGCACUGAACCAUUUUCGUUAACUGCGAAAUUUCUCCAUGAAAGAACACAAAUCUCGCAGUUAACAAUUUUUCAUUAACUGCGAAAUUCGAUCUGCAGAAUUCUUCAUAUCCUACUCAGCCUCAUUCAAUAAUUGCUAAAUAUCAAAACUAGAUCUUGAAACAAAAAAGUACUUCUCCUGGUUAAGUUAGUCGUGUCUUUUUAAAUCUUUUGCACAGAAUGAAUUAUAGAAUGCACUUCUACUUCAAGAAAAUAUGGCAUCGCUACUGUAGAACCAUUGUUUUCAUUACAAGAAAUAUUUUUUUUAUUGACAGAUAUCAAGGUACCUGUGAAUAUUUCUUGCUAAAGUUGUUGACCAAUUUUUUUUUAUUUGUGAAUGGUUAAUACGUCAAAUUGUUCCUGUUAAUUAAAUUGAAGAAUAUUCUGGACCAUAGAGUUUCCAAUUUAUGAUCAGGAAAUGUUUAUCAGAUAUUUCUCUGUGAGUUUGAAGUUGCUGACCUUUUUUUGUAAUAAAUCAAAUUGUUCACCUAGAAAUGAAUAGUAGCGUAUAUCCAAUGCGAAAGUGGCCACUAGUUUAAUAUUCUUUCGUUUAUAUUAAUAAAAUCACCCUAGCUGAGUAACCUCUUUUAAAAUAAGACAUUCUUUGGAAUUUUUAUCUUGAUAACAUGGUUAGCAAGGCUCUUUUUAAUUUAAAAAAAAGAAUAUUUAAAUUGGUGGCCAUUUUUGCAUUGGGUGUCAGGGCCGUUGGGAGGAUCUAUUUCAUUUUGGACUUUUUCACCAGCUUUUUUCUUUUUUUCAUGACACUCAUUAAGUUGUUGACCAAAUUUAAUUUUCUUUCUGGAAUUGUUCCUGUUAAUUGAGGGUGCGUUUGUCUCGUCGCAUGAAAUAAGAAUACCCCAAAGUUCUUGCAACUCUCAUUUGCUAGUGGUUUUUGGAACACUGGAAUGCUGAUAGUAUCUAAAUAUUUGCUCAAGUAGAUUUCGAUAAGCUACUUUGCACAGAAUGCAAAAACAAAAUAUUCAUUUAAUGAAUUCUAGGGAUUAUGCCUUCUAUUCUGAUUCUGGAAUAGGCACUCUGAAUUGAAAAGUAUCAUGAGGUUCUAUUUCAAUUAGGACAUCAGCUAUUUUUUUCACAAUGACAUUGUAGAAGACAAUCAUGGGUAACAGCAUUGCAAGCUGGUACCUUUUCAGUUGCCAUGGCAAUUCGAAAAAUAUUUAAUAGGCAACCAAUAUAAAAUCAAAAGUUCCCAAUUUGGCAACCUGUGUUUGGUGAUCGAAUGUAAAGAAGGCGUAGUUAUAACCAUCAAUUUAUCUCUGCUUAUGCACUCUGGAGACCUGAGGAUGGUCUUCAAUCACAGUCUUCUCGUUAUAGCUUGGUUUCUGACACCUGUAAGAAGCAUAAUCUUGGCACUUUUAGGGAUGAUAUCUGUAAUCAGAGUUGCUUCAAGAAAGGAUGAGUAGAGCCCCCUCUCAACAACUUUAAAGAUUAAAGUAACAGGGCGUUGUUUUGCCCCAGACUCAAAUGAUAAAAAGAUGUUGGGAGUACGGCAACGUCCCGAAUUUGUGGAGUGUAAAUAAACUUUGCUUCGGUGCUUCUCUUUUUUUCCUCAUUUUUAACGCUUCUGUGGGCUCAUUUAAAGAUGCUAUCGUACUAUAUGAAUUUUUUCUUCCAUUGACACGCACGAUUAGCAAACGUACCAGAAUGUUUGUACUGCGGGUGAAAAGUAAAUUGUUUUUCAUUCAAUCUAAAAGAAUGGGUCAAUUCAUAAAAGUAGAAAGUGACUAAGCUGGGAUCGCAAAAAUUACAUAUUUGCCCAAAAGUGACGAUGGGGUAUACAAUUGGCCACAGAAUAGACUAUAAUGGGGGUAGGGGCUCUGAGAGGCCAGCGGCACAUACCCAGCAAAAAUAAACCCAAGUACAUGGGCCCCCGGGGGUUAACUGCGAGAUUUUUGUUUCUUCACGUAAACAGAGAGACAUUUCGCAGUUAACGAAAAUGGUUAACUGCGAGAUUUCUGUUGCUUCACAUAAACAGAGAGACAUUUCGCAGUUAAUGAUAUGUGGUUAACUGCGAGAUUUUUGUUUCUUCAUUGUAACAGAGAGAAAUUUUGCAGUUAACGAAAAAUGGUGAAGUGCGAGAUUUUUAUUCGUCUAUAUAAACAGAGAGACAUUUCGCAGUUAAUGAAAAAAUGGUUAAGUGCGUGAUUUGUAUUCCUUUAUAUAAACCGAGAGAAAUUUCGCAGUUAAUGAAAAAUGGUUAACUGCGAGAUUUUUGUUUCUUUAUUUAAACCGACAGAAAUUUCGCAGCGCAAAAAUGGUCAACUGCGAGAUUUGCAUCAGUAUAUUGCAGGAUAUUCACUGAUUGAGUAGCCAAUCAGAGCUCGCGAAAAACACUAUCCACUGUUUUAGUAUACACCUAUUUCAAUUAAGGUUAUUAUGUGCCAGCAACGAGCCUAGAAACGUAGAAAGCAAACGCUGCUGACGCUUCUAUGCUAUGUCAGCAGAACGUUAAGACAAUGUAUUUCAAAACACUAAAUCCUAGGCUUUUUAAUUUAAGACAGUGAUUUGAGGUUAGGUUUUUCUCUGUGGUAAUAUGCAUAUGCUGCAAAUUUUCAACGAGUUUGCUUGGUUCCGUGCACGUGGGAAUUUUGAUGGAGUUAAAAAAUAUCAAAUAAAAUUCAAGAGGGUUUUCCGAUUUAGCGGAAGUUCGAGCCAUUUUUCCGAGAUGUGAAAUUGAUUCCAUUAUACUUUAAACGGUCAUCUCGAUUUUUAUCGCCAUAAGUAAAUCUUUGCAUGAUAUCAUUGUUUAUGCAAAAUAUCUGGCUCGUGAAAGGAUAAAUGAGCACAAACAUGCUUAGUAAAUUUUUUCUAAAACAAGAGGAUUCACUUGUAGUAUUUGUGUCUAGCAGUCGCAUUCGGCCGAUACGCAUAUGCUGCAAAUAAAUUCACACUCGGUGCUAACGGUUUUUGAAAGUCGUUUAAAAAAGAUAAAGCAUAUACGCUAACAAGGAAAAAAGUAAACAAUUCUGCUUUUGUUUGCUGGGUGAUAUCCUGGGACGAUAUCUAAUAUUUCUUCAUUAACCUGCGAUCAGGCGGUCCUUAGAUUUUCCCAUUUUCUUUCGGAGGCCUUAUCGCAGGCUAUUUCUAUAUUUGCUACGUCAAACGUAAAUAAGAGUCGUUUUCAUCGCCUCAUCGAGUGCCAUAUAAAUGCGAUAAUUUGAAAACAGAAAAGGAACAACAUUGUAUAUAUCCUCUCCUACAAAUUGGGAAAGACGCUGGGAAGUCUCCAGGCAUCGCAUCUCGCAAUUUUGUCUACUUGUGGAUAUCUAUUCGACUCUGUGCAUUUUGUGGGUUAGGGUGAGGGUUGAAAACUAUGGCAAAAGCUCAAUAAAUUUAUACAAACGGCGGAAUAUGCAAUCAUAGUUAUUGGUGCAAUCCAACUUACUAAGCGAAUGCAAAUAUUUUUUGACACUGGCGCGAAAUUCCAUGAGUUCCCACUAAAGUGCGGUAUUGCAGAAGAAAGCUUCAUAUAUGACAACUUAUUGAAUAACAAAAGAAUAACAAAGCAGCACAUAUGUUACAUGCAUAUUCUUUGGAAAAACACACAUUUUAAGCUAGUUCAAAAUGAAGGUUUAAACAAAUUAGGCUGAGUGCCUGCUUAGCUUUGAUGGCAGAAAGAAUAGGGUGAAAACCUUCUUCCCACGCUCCGUAUAAAAUCCCAGCAUCUGAGAAACAUUAUCGCCUUCCAUACUUUAGCAGCUUUGUUUCUGAGAGUGCAAAGCCCGAAUUUCACGGUGUAUUGUGAUUUUUGCUUGCACUAUUUACGUGCCGUGAUUUGUUGGGGGCUGAAGAGGAAUAUUCCCUUUUUUUUCUCGUCUUCUUGAGCCUGAGACUCUAAAGAGUUGGCCAUGGAAAUAACUUCUUUGAAUCCUGAUUUUCUUGGUGAACUGAAUUAUAUGUAACUUUGCAAGAAUAAUAUAAAGUUGAGCGCUGCACUCGUAAAGUUAAGUUACAAACAACCCAGCAAUUUACUUACAAUAGUCGGCGUUAAACGAAUUUCACUUAUAGAAAGGCUAGAAAUUGAACUCAUUUGAAACUGGAUAGUUCCACUUUCGCAGAACGUCCGCUAAAUCGGAAAACCCUCUUAUAAAGGCGUUUGUUGAACAACAAUAAGUAACUUAACAUUACGUGUUUAUCUAUUUUUAAGGCAAUUUUUUUAAAACUGAAUAAUAAAAAAAAAGAAUAGCAUUGAUUUAAUUUAUUGAAAUAACCAGCAUUCUGGCCCAUGCAAAAACGCAGCUUAAUUAGGCGGGCCUAUUCAUUUAAUGUUGUUAAAAGAAAUAAUUUGUAAUAAGUAAUUUUUUACUUUGAGAUUUUAAAAAUGAAAAUUUUCAGCUCACUCAUGCUUAAGAAUUUUAGCAGCCACUGGACUUCAAUGAACGUGAACAAGGUUAAACUUCCCGCUACAAAAGGUUUUACCAUAGUGCACUGCAGGCUAUAACACAUGGUUCACGGGAGCAACCUUAAUUGAAAUAGGUGUAUACUAAAUAUAUACAGUAUAUGCACAGUAUGCAAUGAAAUACCAGGUGAGCUUUCGCGCGAAAACAUGAUAUCUUCACACGUGAGAAUAAUGUGAAAAGAUCACCGUUGCUAUGGCUACAUAAUAAAUCGCGCCUUUUAGCAGGGAAAAACUGUUCAAGUGAAAUGGUUUGGUAUUUCAUUAGUGUUUAUAUAAUAAACGAAUAGAACAUUACAUGGCCCUAUCUCUAAGUGGCCAUGUGAUAUCCUCUAUAUCUACACUGGCAAGUUAAAAAAAGGAGAAAAGAAACAUCUCGCGCGUGCUCUUUCUUGAGUAUUUCUCUUCUCUGUGUAGGUUUUUUUUUACUACAGUUGUUGUUGUUGUUGUUGGAACUGAGCUUUGUAAACGUACUGGUAUCUGUAAAUAGAUCUAAUUAGUAGGGUUUUCUUAUUAAAAGCCGAGGCUUUCGUUAAGUAAUCGUGCACGGUGUGGCUGAUGGAUCUUUGUUCGUGAAUA